AUGGGUGUCCAGGGGACACUCAGCUUCCCUUUGGGGCUCCUGCUGGGCUCUGUGCUCCUGGUGACCUCUGCCCCAGCCACCCCGGAGCCUCAGGGCUGCAGCAGCAAGGAUCAGCAGGUCACUGUGAGCCACACAUACAAGAUCGAUGUUCCCAAGUCUGCCCUGAUCCAGGUGGAGGCCGACCCGCAGUCCCUCAGCGAUGAUGGGGCCUCACUCAUGGCCCUGGGGGAGGCUGGGGAAGAACAGAAUUUCAUCUUCAGGCACAACAUUCGCCUUCAGACACCACAGAAAGACUGUGACUUGGCAGACAGUGUCCAGGACCUCCUGGCCCGGGUGAAGAAGCUGGAGGAAGAGAUGGCAGAGAUGAGGGAGCAGUGCAGUGCUCAGCGCUGCUGCCUCGGGGCUGCAGACGUGGGCCGCCACUGCAGCGGCCACGGGCGCUUCCUCCCGGACACGUGCAGCUGCCAGUGCGCGCCGGGCUGGGAGGGCGCGGCCUGCGAGCGGCCCGCGUGCCCCGGGGCGUGCAGCGGCCACGGGCGCUGCGUGGACGGGCGCUGCGAGUGCGACGAGCCCUUCGCGGGCGCCGACUGCGCCUACCCGGCCUGCCCCGGCGCGUGCAGCGGCCACGGCGCGUGCGUGCGCGGCGUCUGCCAGUGCCACGACGACUUCACGUCGGAGGACUGCAGCGAGCGGCGCUGCCCCGGCGACUGCAGCGGCCACGGCUUCUGCGACACCGGCGAGUGCUACUGCGAGCCGGGCUUCACGGGCCUCGACUGCGCCCAGGUGGUGGCACCUCAGGGCCUGCAGCUGCUCAAGAGCACCGAGCAUUCCCUGCUGGUGAGCUGGGAGCCCACCAGUGACGUGGACCACUACCUGCUCAGCUACUAUCCCCUGGGGGAGGAGCCCUCCCUCAAGCAGAUCCAAGUGCCCAAGGAGCAGCACACCUACGAGAUUCCCGGCUUGAUGCCUGGCACCAAGUACAUCGUCACCCUGCGCAACGUGAAGAAAGACACAGCCAGCAGUCCACAGCAUCUGCUGGCCACCACAGAUCUCGCUGUGGUAGGCACUGCCUGGGUGACAGAAGAGACUGAGACCUCCCUGGACGUGGAGUGGGAGAACCCCCUGACGGACGUGGACUACUUCAAGCUGCAGUAUGGCCCCUUGACAGGCCAGGAGGUGGCCGAGGUGAAUGUGCCCAAGAGCCGCGACCCCAAGAGUCGAUAUGACAUCACGGGUCUGAAGCCUGGGACAGACUAUAAGAUCACAGUUUUUCCCAUGAGAGGCGGGCUGGAAGGCAAGCCGAUUCUCCUGAACGGCAGGACUGAAAUUGAUGGUCCAACAAAUGUGGUCACUAAUCAAGUGACAGAAGACUCAGCGGCAGUGUCCUGGAAGCCCGUGAGGGCUGACAUAGACAAGUAUGUGGUACGCUACAUCGCUCCAGACGGGGAAGCCAAGGAAAAGGCGGUACCCAAGGACCAGAGCAGCACUGUCUUGACCGGCCUGAAGCCCGGAGAGGCGUACAAAGUCUUUGUGUGGGCUGAGAGGGGCAACCAGGGGAGCAAGAAGGCGGACACCAAAGCGCUCACAGAACUUGACAGCCCUGCCAACCUGGUGACUGACCGGGUAACAGAGAACACCGCCAGUGUCUCCUGGGAUCCAGUGGAGGCUGACAUUGACAGGUAUGUGGUGAGCUACACCUCUAUCGACGGCGAGACCAGGGAGGUUCCAGUGGACAAGGAGAAGAGCAGCACCAUCCUCACAGGCCUGAGGCCAGGCGUGGAGUACAAAGUCUACGUGUGGGCUCAGAAAGGGGAUAGAGAAAGCAAGAAGGCCAAUACCAAGGCCCCCACAGAUAUUGACAGUCCCAAAAACUUGGUGACUGACCAGGUGACAGAGAAUACGAUCAGUGUCUCCUGGGAGCCUGUGCAGGCCAGCAUCGACAGGUAUGUGGUGAGCUACACCUCUGCUGAUGGAGAAACAAAGGAGGCUCCAGUGGGGAAAGAGAAGACCAGCACCAUCCUGACAGGCCUGAGGCCAGGCAUGGAGUACAAGGUCCAUGUGUGGGCCCAGAAAGGGACCCAGGAGAGCAGGAAGGCCAAUACCAAGGCUCCCACAGACAUUGACAGCCCCAAAAACUUGAUGACUAAGCAGGUGACGGAGAACACCGCCACUGUUUCCUGGGACCCAGUGGAGGCCGACAUUGAUAAGUAUGUGGUGCGUUACACCUCUGCCGAUGGAGAGACCAAGGAGGUUCCAGUGGGGAAAGAGAAGAGCAGCACCGUCCUGACAGGCCUGAGGCCAGGCGUGGAGUACAAGGUCGAUGUGUGGGCCCAGAAGGGGGCCAGGGAGAGCAGGAAAGUCAACACAAAGGCUCCCACAGACAUUGACAGCCCGAAAAACUUGGUCACUGAGCAGGUGACAGAGAACUCUGCCACCGUCUCCUGGGACCCGGUAGAGGCUGACAUUGACAGAUACGUGGUGCGCUACACCUCUGUUGAUGGAGAGACCAGGGAACUUCUGGUUGGGAAGGAUCAAAGCAGCACCGUCUUGACAGGCAUGAGACCAGGUGUGGAUUACAUAUUCGAAGUGUGGGCCCAGAAAGGGACCCGGGAGAGCAAGAAAGCCACCACCAAGGCCCCCACAGACAUUGACGGCCCGAAAAAUCUGGUGACUGAUCAAGUGACAGAGAAUACCGCCAGUGUCUCCUGGGAUCCGGUGGAGGCUGACAUUGACAGGUAUGUGGUGCGCUACACCUCUGCUGAUGGAGAGACCUGGGAGGUUCCAGUGGACAAGGAGAAGAGCAGCACCGUCCUCACAGGCCUGAGGCCAGGCGUGGAGUACAAAUUCGAUGUGUGGGCCCAGAAAGGGAUCCAAGAGAGCAGGAAGGCCAGCACCAAGGCCCCCACAGACAUUGACAGCCCCAAAAACCUGGUGACUAAGCAGGUGACAGAGAACAGUGCCACUGUCUCCUGGGACCCUGUGGAGGCCGACAUUGAUAGGUAUGUGGUGCGCUACACCUCUGCGGAUGGAGAGACCAGGGAAUUUCUGAUUGGGAAGGAUGAAAGGAGCACCGUCCUGACAGGCCUGAGGCCAGGCGUGGAGUACAAGUUUGAUGUGUGGGCCCAGAAGGGGGCCAGGGAGAGCAGGAAGGCCAGCACCAAGGCCCCUACAGACAUUGACAGCCCCAAAAACCUGGUGACCAACCAAGUGACAGAGAACACAGCCACCAUCUCCUGGGACCCAGUACAGGCAGACAUCGACAGGUACAUGGUGCGCUACACCUCUCCUGAUGGAGAGACCAGGGAGAUUCCAGUGAGGAAGGAGAAGACCAGCACUGUCCUGACCGGCCUGAGGCCAGGCGUGGAGUACACGGUCCAUGUGUGGGCCCAGAAAGGGUCCCGACAGAGUAAGAAGGCUGACACAAAGGCUCCCACAGAAAUUGACAGCCCCAAAAAUCUGGUGACUAACCGAGUGACAGAGACAACAGCCACCAUCUCCUGGGAGCCAGUGCGCGCCAACAUUGACAGAUACAUGGUGCGCUACACCUCUGCUGAUGGAGAGACCAGGGAGGCUCCGGUGCCAAAGGAUCAGAGCAGCACCGUCCUCACAGGCCUGAGGCCAGGCGUGGAGUACAUGGUCCAUGUGUGGGCCAAGAAGGGAGCCCGGGAGAGCAAGAAGGCUGACACUAAGGCCCUGACAGAAAUCGACCCUCCCAGAAACUUUCGUCCGUUUGGUGUCACACACUCCGGCGGGGUGCUGACCUGGAUGUCCCCCACUGCUCAGAUCGAUGGCUACAUUCUCACCUAUCAGUUUCCAAAUGGGACAGUGAAGGAGGUGAGGCUCCAAAGGGGCGAGCAGAGGUUUGAGUUGCAAGGCCUGGAGCAGGGCGUCACCUACCCUGCCUCUUUGGUUGCCUUUAAGGGCGAUCGCCGGAGCAAGAGUGUGUCCACCACCCUCUCCACAGUUGAUGCCCGUUUCCCACAUCCCUCGGACUGCACCCAGGUGCAGCAGAACAGCAACGCUGCCAGCGGCCUCUACACCAUCUACCUCAAUGGCGACGCCAGCCGGCCCAUGCAGGUGUACUGUGACAUGGAUACGGAUGGAGGCGGCUGGAUUGUCUUCCAGAGACGGAACACCGGGCAGCUGGAUUUCUUCAAGCGUUGGAGGAGCUAUGUGGAAGGCUUUGGGGAUCCCAUGAAAGAGUUCUGGCUUGGCCUUGACAAGCUGCACAAUCUCACCACUGGCACUCCUACCCGGUAUGAGGUGAGGGCGGAUUUACAGACUUCCAAUGAAUCUGCCUACGCUGUGUAUGAUUUCUUCCAAGUGGCCUCCAGCAAGGAACGAUAUAAGCUGUCAGUCGGGAAAUACAGGGGCACAGCAGGGGAUGCUCUCACUUACCACAAUGGAUGGAAGUUCACAACUUUUGACAGAGACAACGAUAUUGCCCUCAGCAACUGUGCCCUGACACAUCAUGGUGGCUGGUGGUAUAAGAACUGCCACUUGGCCAACCCCAAUGGCAAAUACGGGGAGACCAAGCAUAGCGAGGGGGUGAACUGGGAGCCGUGGAAAGGACAUGAAUUCUCCAUCCCUUAUGUGGAACUGAAAAUCCGCCCUCAUGGCUACAGCCGAGAUCGUUUCUCUGGCAGAAAGAAGAGGUCACUGGGAGGAAAGAUGAGAAUGUUCUGAAGAUACCUAUGAGCAAUCUUGGCAGGAGACUAGCAGCUGGGGUUGGGGCUGGGCGGUGUGAGCUUGGGGCGGGCGGGGUGGUGGCGACUGGGGACUGAGGUGGCUCAUAGCUUCUGGAUUCUGUGAGAGCGGGAUUGUCCACAGAACACACUGUCGCCAUGCGUUGAAGCUUAGAGGUCUCCCAUGUUGCAGUUCACCCAUCUCUACUGGGGGCGGGGCACACUGCAAAUCAGUAACAUCAUCGUUUCACCGCAUGGGUGGAUGAAGGGACGAUAUUGGACCUGCAAGGUUUCCCAGCCGUAGACAGAUUAGAUUAGGGGAAAAAUAUCAAUCACUCAGCGCCUCAUCAAUUAGAAAGCUCUAGAAAUUGGUGUUUAGAGAUAAAGCUUGCCUAAUACCGAUCCUUCUAGAAAGAAGAACCAGAUAUUCAGGAGCCAGGGCUAAGGCAACCUGAUGCAUAUUGCUCCAGUUCCAACCCCGUAGGUUUUGAGGGGAAAUGUGUAAAUCCUGUCCCCUUUUAAUUGCUGGCAUUAUGGGAGGAAUGGAGGGGCUGAGCCGCCCAUUUAGGCUCAGUUCCCGCUACUCUUCAGCGUGCUGGAAACCGAGGCUUGCUUAUUAUGGCCACUGCUCCACCCCUCAGCCAUUCACAUAUUCACCUUCCCAGAUCUUCAUCUUCAUGUGUUGCAAAUAAAUUACUGUGCAUAUUGACUUUAAAUAAUUUGGCUCUGCUACUCAACCUCUUCCCCGACUCCCCUUCACGUGCCUUUCCUUGGGUUCCACCCUGCUCAACCCCCUAGGUUUUCUAAGCUACGCACCACGUGGCCCUUAGACCGGACUCUUGGUGUAGCAGAUUGUUUGCUAUCAUUUUGGAAGGUUUCUACAGUCAAGUCAGUGACCAUUGAAGUAACUUAAAAUUCCUAUUCAAGAAAACAAACACACCA